GUGGAGUGAACUCUGUCACAGGACGGGACACACAGCAGCAACACUGACACUGAAGCAGUUUAACCCACAGAGACCUGAGGGUGAACAUGGCUUCCAGAGAUCAGGUCCAGCGUCUGACCGAGGAGUUAAACUGUCCCAUUUGUCUGGAUUUCUUUACUGAUCCUGUUACCCUGGAGUGUGGCCACAACUUCUGUCGCUCUUGUAUCACCCGGAGCUGGGAAAAGCAGGAGACAAACUCCUGCCCGGAAUGUCGGCAGGUUAUAGCCAAAAGGAAUCUCAAGGUUAAUUGGGCUCUGGUCAAAAUUGUGGAGAAAGCUCAGGAACUGAGCCUGGCCUCAACAGAGAUGGCAAUUAAACGUCACUGUGAGAAACACCGGGAGGAACUGAAGCUGUUCUGUGAAACGGACAAGAAAUUGCUGUGUGCAGUUUGCAGUCAUGGGCAGGAACACAGAGGUCACAGCUUCCUGCCCAUUGAGGAAGCUGCUGAAAUCUACAAGGGUAAAGUGAAAUCCUCCUUCGCUUCUCUCACACAGAGGAAGGAAACUGCUCUACAAACUGAAGCCAAACAGAGACAAAAGAUGUCACAACUUAAGGUAAUUUGUGUCGGGGCUGAUUUCUGGGCUCUCAGUGUGACUCUGUUUAUUGUGUGUACACAGUGUGAUGUCUCAGUGUCUGGACAGGUGAGCAGUUUGCAGACCCGAGUCAGGGCUGAUUUUGCUGAAAUGCACCAGAGUCUGACUGACAGAGAGCAGAGGGUAAUGCGAGAGCUCAGACAGCGAGAGGAGGAGAUUGUACACCGAAUGGAGACAAAUCUGCGAGAGAUUCGGGACAAAUUAGAUUCUGUUCAACAAGAACUCUCAGAGUUACAGACACAGAUGGAAAAAGACGCUCUCACCUUUCUGCAGGAGGAAACUGCUCGGAACAGAAGGGUCAGUGACGGGGGUUUGGCACUGUCGGUGUGUGAGGCUGAGCUGCCGGUGGGGAUAUACAGAGGACCUGUACAGUACACAGCCUGGAGACAGGUGGGACACAGCAUCAGCCCAGCUCCGGCCGCUCUGACUCUGGAUCCUGACACCGCCCAUCCCCGGCUCAUCCUGUCUGAGGACCUGACCAGCGUGAGAGACGGAGACAGAUGGCAGCAGCUCCCGGACUCCCCAAAGAGGUUUAGUAAAUAUCUCAUUGUCCUGGGGUCUGAGGGCUUCACAUCAGGGAGACAUUACUGGGAGGUGCAGGUGGCCAACAAGACAAAGUGGGACGUGGGAUUGGCCCGAGAGUCUGUCAACAGGAAAGGAGACAUCACACUGACACCAGAGAACGGAGUCUGGGCUGUGACCCUGAGAAACGGGGAUCAAUAUCAAGUUUGUGCUCCACUGUGGACCCUCCUGCCCCUGAGAGAGAGACCCGGGAAGCUGGGGGUUUACCUGGACUAUGAGGGGGGACAGGUAUCAUUUUACAACGCUGAUAACAUGUCUCAUCUCCACACUUUCACCCAAACCUUCACUGAGAAACUUUAUCCUUACUUUUAUCCCGGUUUCAAUGACGGCGGAAAAAAUUCUGAACCGCUGAGGAUCUGCCGAGUGACAGUUUCAUGAGCAGAAAAACCUGAGCCAUUAAUUGUGUUUGACUGCGAUUGCCAUCAGGACAGAACCUUUUAUAAACUGUGUAAUUCUGGAGUAAAGCUUGUAGUUCAUAUUGUACCUUUCACGUUGGGACAACAUCUCAAAUCUUUCUCAGGGUUGACUGUAAAGUGACUACUGUGUUUGUAAGUGAAUGUGGAGCCAAUUUGCACAGAGCAAAGUCUACAUUAAGUCACAUUUCACACAAAAACAUCCGGAUCACACAUUCAUUCAGCUCCUGAUAUCUACAAUAAUAAUCCUUACAUUUCAUACAGAGCCUUAUCAAG